GUCUCAUGUAUCCUCCUGCCAUCAAUCGCUCUUUCUCUGUAUUAUUUUUAUUCAAUAUUCUUUCUCGUCCCUCGUUCGUCGUUUAGCGACUCCGUCUAUUUCUUUGCGCUGUCUGCGCUGCCGUUCUCUACCAUCUUCUAAUCUCCAAUACCCGAUACUAUUUCUGUUUGAUACCACGUAUUUUCAUCACAAUAUCGGAAUAUCGACACCAUGGUUGCAUCCUACGCAAAAAUCUUCGCUGCCGUGUGCGGUUUGGCUUCCACCGCCGCUGCCGUUAACCCCGUCACUGUCCAAGGAAAGGACUUUGUCGAUACUGUCACCGGCGACCGUUUCCAGAUUGUUGGUGUCGACUACCAACCUGGUGGUUCAUCUGCCUUCAAGGGUACGGCCGACCCUCUGAGCGACAAGGACAGCUGCUUGCGCGACGCUGCCAUCCUGCAAUACCUUGGCAUCAACACUAUCCGUGUAUACAACCUGGCUCCCUCCGCUAACCACGAUGAGUGCGCUUCCAUCUUCAACGCCGCCGGUAUUUACAUGAUCCUGGACGUCAACUCUCCCCUGGACAACGGUUCCCUCAACCGCGGUGCUCCUUGGGAAUCCUACAACCCCAUCUACAUGGCCCAAGUGUUUGGUGUCAUUGAGGCGUUCAAGAACUACCCUAACACCGCUGGUUUCUUCUCCGGUAACGAGGUCAUCAACGAGGACAGUGUUGAGCUGGUUCCCAACUAUAUCCGGGCUGUUCAACGUGAUAUGCACGACUACAUCAGCAAAAACUCCAACCGUUCUAUCCCCGUCGGUUACUCCGCCGCCGAUGUCCGACCCCUCUUGGUUGACACUGCCUACUACUUGUCUUGCAACCUUUCCAACUCCACCAAUUCUCGUUCCGACUUCUUCGGUCUCAAUUCGUACUCGUGGUGCGGUGAUGCCACCUACCACUCUAGCGGCUACGAUGUGCUCACUCAGGAUUUCGCUAAUAUCUCUAUGCCUGUUUUCUUUUCCGAGACUGGUUGCAACAACGUCAAGCCUCGUGUUUUCAGCGAGAUUCAAGCCAUCUACGGUCCCGACAUGUCUCAGGCUCUCUCUGGCGCCUUGGUGUACGAGUACAGCCAGGAGGCUAACGACUACGGUCUUGUCAGCAUCAACAGCAACGGAUCCGUUACCCUCCUUAUCGAUUUUGAGAAUUUGAAGAGUCAAUACAACAAGCUUGAUUUUGGCUCUAUUACCGCACACAACUCCAGCCAAACUUCCAUCAAGGCUCCUACCUGUGAUCCUAAGCAAAUCACAUCCAACAUCACCAAGAGCUUCGAUGUCCCCGACCGUGUUGCCGGAAUUGACAAGAUGAUCCAAAAUGGCGUUACUACCAACGUCUCUGUUGGUGCCUUGGUUUCCGUCUCCUCCACCAAGAUCAGCCAGACUGUGUAUGACUACAAGGGCAAUGUUGUUUCUGGUAUUCAGUUGAAUGUUCUCGACAAGGGCGCUGUCAACACACCCAGCAACUCUAGCACUGUGACAUCUAGCUCUCCUUCUGGAACGAGCACUGGUACUAGCGCCUCUGCUUCGUCUACCGGCAAGGGUGCUGCCAGUUCAGUCCGCGUAAAUGCUCUUACGGGUCUUGGUGCUAUGGCUGCCGUGGCAUUCUUCGCUUUGUAAACAAUUUUGCCUUUUCGAUUCGUGAUUCAUUUUGGUGAAACCAGGCGUCAGUUAUGCUCGAAUGGGAGUGAUUCUUGUAUAUGUCUUGGUUGUACAACCCUAGUAGCGUAUAUCACUUUGUAGUUUUACUGAAGCUUAUGUUCUUAUGCUUGAUCAAUGCAUCCAUCAUUCAUGCUAC